AUGCUCGCAACACGGGUAUUCCGAUCGCAUGCAGCGCGCAAGGCUGUCUUUGCAGGAAUUAGAUCUAUUUCUUCUUUGCCCUCGCAAUCUGAACCAAAUAAAUCAUGGACACCCGUACCAUACAUCACAGAGACGAUUGGAGGUGGAUGGCGUACCUCGGAUAUAUUUUCUAAGCUUUUACAAGAGCGAAUCAUCUGUCUAAACGGCGAAGUAAAUUCAUCCCUUUCGGCGGCUGUUGUAGCCCAACUUCUUUACCUCGAAUCCGACGCUCCAGAAAAAGCCAUAACUCUAUACAUCAACUCCCCAGGCGGCUCUGUCACCGCCGGUCUCGCCAUUUACGACACAAUGACUUACAUCAAAUCGCCCGUUUCCACUGUGUGCGUCGGUCAGGCCGCAUCCAUGGGUUCGCUUCUUCUAUGUGGAGGAGAACCAGGAAAAAGAUUCUGUUUACCGCAUAGCUCGAUUAUGAUACAUCAACCCAGUGGAGGGUAUUCAGGUCAAGCUACGGAUAUUGCGAUUCAUGCGACAGAGAUUCUGAGAGUCAGAAAGAGCUUGAAUGAGAUUUACAAGAGGCAUUUGACGAAAGAACAUAGCCUGGAAGAAAUUGAGAAGAUGAUGGAGAGAGACAAGUUUUUGAGUGCGCAGGAAGCGUUGGAGAUGGGGAUUGUGGAUGAAAUUCUUGACAGACGGGAACCUGAAGGAAAGAAGGAGAAUAGUUAG